UUGACCGAGAAAGAAGAAAUCCACCGAAGCUGUUAAUUCAAAGUAUAGGUAUUUAUAAAAACCAACAGGAGGCGUUGUGGUGCUAUGGUUAAUUCUGGACGAUUUUAUAAAUAAAGUUUGUUGAAAUUUCACUUUGACCUCCAGGAGAGACAGGCAUGGCUGUGGGAUUGUUGAAGAAAGCACUUCCUAGGCUGGGAUUAGCCGUUCCUGCGUGGCCCGGUGUUCGCUGCAUGACCAGCAGGCUGUAUGGAACUGCAGCAGCCCAGACCCAGAUCCAUCAACCAGACAACUCGGUUGGCAGUGACAAGAUUCUAACAGAGCCUCUCAAACACCCUGACUUCUUCCAUCUGUCUGAGCUGUUCUCCCUGAAGGAUCUCUUUGAUGCCAGAGUGCACCUGGGGCACAAGAUUGGCUGCAGACACCGGCUGAUGGAGCAGUAUCUCUUCGGCUGCCGUUUGGAACAGGACAUCCUUGAUCUGGACCAGACAAUGGAGCACCUGCAGCAGGCUCUCAACUUCACCGCUCACGUGGCGUACCGCCGCGGCAUCAUCCUGUUUGUCAGCCGCAACCGUCAGUUCACCCACCUGAUCGAGAGCAUGGCCAGAGACUGCGGGGAGUACGCCCACUGCCGCUACUGGCAGGGCGGCCUGCUGACCAACGCUAACGUCCAGUAUGGUAAGGGCGUGCGCCUGCCGGACCUCAUCGUCUUCCUCAGCACCCUCAACAACGUCUUCCAGCAGCACGUGGCUGUCCGGGACGCAGCCAAGAUGAAUAUCCCCACGGUGGGCAUCGUGGACUCGAACUGUAACCCCAGCCUGCUCACCUACCCAGUCCCGGGGAACGAUGACUCGGGCCCGGCUGUGGAACUUUACUGCAAACUGUUCAGAAUGACCAUCAACAGAGCCAAGGACAAGAGGAGGCAAAUGGAAAUCCUGUACGGCUUGAAGAGCCAGAAUGAUUGAUUGUAAAUAGGGGUCUUGUUUUAAUGUGGAUCCUUGUCAGUGAACCGAUGUAUAGAAUGUGAAAAUGCUUAAUUUAAGAAAGGCUGUCAGAUAUGCAUAGCAUUAUCACAAUUUGAGCACUGUUGAUUUAGGGCAAAGUAGCUCAAUGCAAACCACUGUUGGUUGUCAGCAGAAACCUGAUGAAUAAGAAAUAAACCUGCCCCACCCCAACACAAUUAAAUUAAGAGUAAGUCACUGAUGGCAUCCAUUCUUGGUUCUCUUCUUGGUUUCGUUUGAAACUUUAGUUUUCUGCUUAUAUUUUGUUCACUUUUAUAUAUUCAAGAUCCUAUCAAGGGAAGUAUGCCCACUGCUUUCUGUGGGGCCCCAAUUAGUGAAAAUAGUGUUGGAUCCAAACCUUCAUAUUUUCAUGUUCUGCAUGUGUGCAUUUCUAUAUGCGUUAUUGUUAGAAGAAAUAUUAAAAAAAUAAUUUUAUACAUGUGUUUUGUGUACUGACCAGAUUUCUCUUGCCAUACCUGUAAGCAGGGCGCGUGUUCUUGAGUUUAACCAAAGUGCACCUCCUUCACACAGAUAUGCUCUCAUUACCCAUUGACCUUGCAUGUCAAACUGCAACUUGGCUCGUUUCGUAAACCCCCUGUUCUGUAUUUUAAAUGUGGUUGUUUGCUGCGCAGACCAAAUCUGUUUUCCUAUGAAGGCAAUUCAGU